AUGGCUGCUCUUCUUAGUAACUCUGCCCGUGUUGCCCUUCGCUCGGGAGCUUCGGCUACCUCCAAGGCCGGUGCUGCGGGCUUGACCUUUGCCCGUGGCAAGGCCACUCUUCCUGACCUGUCCUACGACUACGGCGCUCUGGAGCCCUCCAUCUCCGGCAAGAUCAUGGAGAUUCACCACAAGAACCACCACAACACCUAUGUCACCAACUACAACAACUCCAUUGAGCAACUCCAGGAGGCCCAGCACCAGGGUAACAUCGCUGCCCAGAUUGCUCUCAAGCCCGCCAUCAACUUCAACGGCGGUGCCCCCUCCGGCGCUCUGUCCAAGGCCAUUGACACCACCUACGGUGGUCUCGGCGAGUUCCAGUCCAAGAUGAACGCUGCUCUCGCCAGCAUCCAGGGCAGUGGAUGGGCUUGGCUCGUCAAGGACAAGCAGACCGGGCAGAUUAGCAUCCGCACAUAUGCUAACCAAGACCCCGUCGUUGGCCAGUUUGAGCCUUUGCUCGGUAUUGAUGCUUGGGAGCACGCCUACUACCUCCAAUACCAGAACCGCAAGGUCGAGUACUUCUCUGCCAUCUGGGACGUCAUCAACUGGAAGGCCGUCGAGAAGCGUUUCUCUUAA